UGUAUGGAGGGAGCAGGCCCCCAGCCCUGGAAUAAGGGAGGAUGGGGGCGGGGGCAUUUGCAGACAUGAAGUUUUGUUGAAAGGACAGAAAAACUGAGGCCCAGGGAGACGGGUCUUUCCAGAGGUCACAGAGCACCUUGCAGGCCCAGCAAGGACCAGAGACAACAGGAAAGACCCCCUUCCAGAUCUCCAUGGGGGAUUAAAGUCAGAAGGGAUCAAAGGUAAGGAGUGGGCCCUUUAAAUCAUAAGCUCCACCUUUGCUUAGAAGGGUCUUUGGGGAUAUAAAAGGGGGUGCAGUUCCUCUCUGCCCCAGAAAACCAUCAGCUGCUCCUGUUUGUGGGCCCCCAGCCCACUUCUCUCCAGCCACCCCCCCCCCCACCAACACUCCCCUGGGUGCCAUGCAGCUGCCACCCUUUGACAUGUGGAAGGACUACUUCAACCUGAGCCAGGUGGUGCUGGCACUGAUCCAGAGUCGGGGGCAAGGGUCGGAGACCCAAGGGACUGGGGAGCCAAGACCUGGGCCCCACAUGGAGCAGGAUCAGGGGCAGGGAGGACGGGGGACCAGCGGGGGCCUGGCCACCCUGUGCAACUUUUGCAAACACAAUGGAGAGUCUCGCCACGUGUACUCCUCACACCAGCUGAAGACCCCGGAGGGCGUGGUGGUGUGCCCCAUCCUGCGGCAUUACGUGUGCCCCUUGUGCGGGGCCACCGGGGACCAGGCCCACACGCUCAAGUACUGCCCGCUCAACGGAGGGCAGCAGUCUCUCUACCGCCGCAGUGGGCGCAACUCAGCCGGCCGUAAGGUCAAGCGCUGAAGACCGUGAGGUACCCACCCGCUGCAGCCCCAGCCUUCCCUGGUUCAGCCCUCCCAAGCCCCUGGACUCUCCCCAUCCCUGGACUCAUCCGGCCCUUUGGAAUGUCUGACUCUCAGUACUCGAUCCCUGCUGGAUCCUGGAACAACGGAGGCAGUGGGAAGCCAGGCCAGCUCUGCCGCCCCUUAGAACUCUCAGCUCUCGGGGCUCUGUCUGGGAGUGUCUGUGGAUUCUCCGGUGCAGCGGGACACCCUACUCGUUGGAUCACACAGCCCUGUGGCUCCUCCUGGGCCACAGUCCACGGAUCUUUAGUUCUUCUGGGACAUUUGCCCUGCCUCUUUGACUUCUCAGCCCUCAGGGUUCCAUUCCUUGGGGAAUUCUUGGACCAUUGGGCUUGCAGGACUCCGUUGUGCUCUCCCACGGACACCCCUGAGAAUCUGGAGAGAGUGAACAGGCUGGCUUGGACCUUCCAGCCCAAGAACUUCAACAUGGGAUUCUGACUUAAACCAGCCUUCUCUGCCUCCUUCGGGCCACCGGCAGACCCACCGUUUCAUCGUGGACGGCACCGGAUGGGUCCCGCCCUCAGCAUCCUAUCCAUCAAGAGCUGGGGGAAGGAGGGGUCACGUCAGAGGGGCACCACGUCUUCGCAAGCUUAUCUGGGGCUGGAGAGCCUUGGGGUGAGCUAGUACCCUUGAACCGCCCCCCACCCCGGUUGUUCUUCCCUGUGUUCAUUCCGUUUUACUGUGCUCCUGUCCCCACGGUGAUGGCGAAUCACCGAUGGGUCUUUUCCGUAGCGAGAGGGCGUCUCUCCACCACCUCCCACCCGCCCCCACAAAUGCCCACAGUUUGUAAAAUGGCCCUUUCUGUCCUCCCGUGUUUUUUUCAACCUGCAACAGUUUAGUAAACGAAGCUCCCACAGGAAAGGGGUUUUAAUGCCCGGAAGGGGAUGGCAACAGCCUAGAUUUUAUUUUAGGGGCAAAUAAAAGCCCCAGUCAGAUUUUUAAGUUGUUCGGUUUUUAGCUCAGGGCUGGGCCCGAGUGUUAAGCUCUAGUGAAUAAAUAAAACGCG